UUCCAGCUCGUAAACUUCAGCAGCAGUUUCAUUUAGCCCUUCCUCCGCCCCCACCACCGCCGGAAAAUUCUAACCCUUCGCUCCGCCGUCAUCCGCUGCCUCCGAAUUUCAAAUUCUUACGCGCUCGAUUCUCCUGUUUCGCCGGUUUCACAUUCUCCAGUCAACCGCUCGAUCCAUUUAUACGCCUGACGCGAAAAGAGCUCCGUUUCCGAAUACGUUUGCUCUAGAUUCUACUAGAAGCGGAAAUGGCGCUAACCGUCUCGGACUUGCCGAUGAUAUACGGACUGCUCGCGAAUUCAGUGAGCAGCGACAUAAAUGUGCUGAAGCCGGCGGAAGAUGCUCUCGCGCAAUUGGAGAGUAGGCCUGGCUUCUGCUCUUGUUUAAUGGAGGUGAUAGCGGCGACGGAUUUAGCGUCACAGACUGACGUGAGAUUGAUGGCAUCAGUUUAUUUUAAGAACAGCGUCAAUCGGUAUUGGAGGAGCAGGCGGGACUCAACGGGACUGGGCAAUGAAGAGAAAUUGCAUUUACGGCAAAAGUUAUUGUCACACUUGAGAGAAGAAAAUCACCAGAUAGCUCAUACUUUGGCUGUAUUGAUCUCAAAAAUUGCUCGCAUAGACUACCCAAAAGAAUGGCCAGACUUGCUUUCUGUGUUAGCACAACAGCUUCGGUCAGAUGAUACAUUAACUUCACAUAGAAUAUUCUUGAUUCUUUUCCGGAUUUUGAAGGAGUUGUCAACCAAACGUCUUACUUCCGACCAGAGGACCUUCUCUGAGAUAGCAUCUCAAUUCUUUGAUUACAGCUGGAACCUUUGGCAGACUGACAUGCAGAAAAUAUUGCCUGGUUUUUUGGUGCUAGCUCAAAAUAAUCCUGAGUUGCAUCAGGAUGAUCUGUACUUGAUCUGUGAAAGAUGGUUUCUAUGUUCAAAGAUCAUACGCCAACUUAUAGUUUCUGGUUUCCAAAGUGAUGCAAAGUCUUUACAGGAGGUACAACCUGUCAAGAAGGUCUGCCCGAUUAUGCUGAAUGCCAUCCAGUCAUUCUUGCCAUACUAUUCUUCUUUUCAAGAUAAACAUCCUAAAUUCUUAGAUUUCCUGAAGAAAUCAUGUACCAAAUUGAUGAAGAUUUUAAUAGCAUUUCAGCAACGGCAUCCUUACUCAUUUGGUGACCAAAAUGUCAUUGGGCCUGUUGUUGAUUUCUGCUUGAAUAAGAUAACAAAUCCCGAGCCAGAUGUACUGUUAUUUGAAGGAUUCUUGAUCCAGUGUAUGGCGAUGAUGAAGUCUGUCCUAGAAUGUAAAGAAUACAAGCCAUUCUUGACUGGUCGUGUUAAGGAUGACAACCGGGUCUCACUUCAGGAUGUGAAGAAAAAUGUAUCAAGUGUAGUUGCUGGCUUCUUAGCUUCUAUGCUGCCUAGUGAGCGAGUGGUGCUACUUUGUAACAUAUUGAUACGGAGGUAUUUUGUUUUAACAGCUUCGGAUGUGGAAGAAUGGUACCAUAAUCCAGAGUCCUUUUAUCAUGAGCAGGACUCUAUUUUGUGGUCAGAGAGAUUAAGGCCAUGUGCUGAAGCAUUGUACAUAGUCUUAUUUGAGAAUAACAGCCAAUUGCUAGGUCCAGUUGUGGUUUCAAUUCUUCAGGAGGCAAUGAAUGGAUGUCCUUCUUCUGUUGGUGAAAUAAAUCCACAGUUGCUUCUCAAAGAUGCUGCUUAUGGUGCAGCGGCAUAUGUCUAUUAUGAACUCUCAAAUUAUCUGAGCUUUAAAGACUGGUUCAAUGGCGCUCUCUCUUUUGAACUCACAAAUGAUAAUCCAAACAUGCGGAUCACCCAUAGGAAAGUUGCAUUGAUCCUAGGGCAGUGGGUCUCCGAGAUUAAGGAUGAUACCAGACGACCAGUAUAUUGUGCUUUAAUAAAAUUGCUCCAGGAGGAUGACUUGUGUGUCAGGCUGUCUGCAUCACGAUCUCUGUAUUUCCAUAUUGAAGAUGCAAAUUUCUCAGAGCAGGACUUUUCAGAUCUUCUUCCAGUAUGUUGGGAUUCAUGUUUUAAACUGGUGGAAGAUGUACACGAGUUUGACUCAAAAGUUCAAGUAUUAAAUACAAUUUCUUCUCUCAUUGGACGCAUCACUGAAAUUAGUCCUUAUGCAAACAAGUUGGUGCAGUUUUUCCAGAAGGCUUGGGAAGAAUCUUCUGGUGAAAGCCUUCUGCAGAUUCAGCUUCUCACAGCCCUAAAGAACUUUGUUGCUUCACUAGGUUCUCAGUCAUCCAUCUGUUACAACUUGUUGAUGCCCAUAUUACAGAGUGUGCUUAAUGCUAAUAGCCCAGAUGAACUUCUGGAAGACAGCAUGCUGUUAUGGGAGGCUACUCUUACCCAUGCCACCACAAUGGUGCCUCAUCUUUUGAGUUUCUUCCCAUGUUUGGUAGAAAUCUUGGAUAGGAGUUUUGACUAUUUAAAGGUGUCUGCCAGCAUAAUUGAAGGCUACAUAGUUCUUGGUGGUCUAGAGUUCCUCAAUAUGCAUGCACAGACACUAGCAAAAUUGCUUGAUCUGGUCAUUGGCAAUGUCAAUGAUAGAGGGCUGCUUUCAAUUCUUCCCCUCGUGGAUGUUUUAGUUCAGUGUUUUCCUGCUGAAGUGCCUCAAUUACUGAGCACCAGUGUGCAGAAACUAAUUGUCAUAUGCCUGAGUGGGGGAGAUGAUCAUGAUCCUUCAAAGACAGCAGUGAAAACGUCAUCGGCUGCCAUACUUGCAAUGAUUUUGGUCAUGAAUACUAAUUAUCUUGCGCAACUCACAUCAGAUCCGUCAUUGUUAGCACAUCUUCAAAAAGCAGGGUUCUCAAAUGAAGAAAGCAUACUUCUUUGCCUGGUUGAUGUAUGGCUUGACAAGGUCGACAAUGUGAUUUCCACACAAAGAAAGACAUUUGCCCUAGCCCUUUCUAUAAUUCUAACGUUGAGAAUGUCUCAAGUUCUGGAUAAACUUGAGCAGAUCCUUAGUGUAUGCACGAGCGUUAUAUUGGGUGGUACCGAGGAGUUUACAGAAGAGGAGUCAAGUAGCGACAAUAUGCAUUCUAGCAAGAUCGAGGUCCCAAGCAAAGAAUUACGGAGGAGACAGAUCAAGUUCUCGAACCCCAUUAACCAAAUUCUGCUGGAGAAUUCGCUCAAGGACAAUCUCCAGACAUGCUCAGCCCUCCAUGGAGAAUUGUUUAAUGCAGCUAUGUCGAAAAUCCAUCCUUCCUCAUUCGCUCAACUGAAACGCGCAUUAAAUAUGCCAUAAACUAGGCGUGGCUUUCCAAGAUGCAGUGCAGAUGCAAUUUUGUGAUCUUUAUGGUUCCAUUAUAUUCGUGGAAAUCUUUGAAAGGUAAAAUUGAAUGCUUUGGGUUUGUGAAGGGGUGCUGACGAAUUCUUCUGAUUUCGGUUUCGGUUUCGGUUUCGGUUUCGGUUUCGGUCUUGAUCUUGUUCCAAUUUGUUUCAUCUCCGCAAGUUGGAAGUAAAUGGCGGUUAAUCAUAUACAAGCACACUGUAAAUAGUGUGAUCCCUUCAUGUCAUGGUUUUUGGGGACAUAAGGGUGAGAGUUUGAGGUCAGGUUUCUUCCAUGCUUCCGAAACUGAGCAUUUGUGUGCAAUUUUUACUCCAAACUGUCCCCAUUUCCAGGGUUUGUUUGGUGGCCUAACAUAUUUGUGACGAUAUAUGAAAUUUUGAGAGGCUUGGCUUGUGUAAUUCUUUCAACACGCUUAUUUUACUCAACGCUGUGUCUCAUCAUCGAUGCCAUAUUUAUGGAAUAUUUUCAGUAUUAGAGUGAACAAUAAGUCACUAUCGUAAUAUGAUCUCAA